AUGCAAAGACAAUCACUGGGGGGCUCACCGGGCUCCAAGCUCCACCAGGCCCAUGGCGGAGCCAAGGAACAGGCUCUGCUCCUAGACGACGCUCCCAACCGCAGUAACAAGGACCUUUUAGUCUUUUCCACCUCCACCUCCUCUUCAGUCUCCGCAGACGACGACCACAAAGCAUCAAAGCCUCACCGCCUGUCAUCACCGCCCCCCACCGCUCCACACAAAUCCAUUCACGUCAUCCCCGUCCUCACCCUCCUCUGCUUCCUCAUCCUCUUCCUCUUCUCCCACAGCCCCUCCCAAUCAGAUUUGGCUCAGUUCAAUGGCUUUACGAAACUACCAGGGAAAAAGCGCGCAGACGCCACCGACAACGAAAUCGGCGUCCUGAGCCGAUUUAUUGAUAUCCGGAAGAGCGAUGUUUUGGCGAUCCGCAGCCUCAGGAACUUGCAGGACACACAAGGAACCCGAAAACUCCCCCCGAGAUCCCGCUCCCACCGGAAAAUAGCCGAUUUUUAA